AUGGGACAGUCGCAGAGCACAGAGACCAGUGAAGUAGCUCUUUCCCAGAUUCAGGAGAUGUACAGGAAGUUUGCGAGCGAGUGUCCGAGUGGAAACCUGCACCUGCAUGAAUUCAAACGGAUCUUCGGGAUCACGUGCGACUCGUCCGUCGAAGAAUCUGCUUACAUGGAGAAUCUGUUUCGGUCAUUCGAUACUAACCAUGAUAACAUCAUAGACUUCAUGGAGUAUGUGGCUGCAUUGCAUCUGGUCCUUCGUGGGAAGCUGGAGGAUAAACUGAAGUGGUCCUUCAAAGUUUAUGACAGGGACGGAAAUGGACGACUGGACAGACAGGAAGUGGCGCAUGUGAUCAAGAUAAUCUACAAGUUAAGAAAGUAUGAGAACCCUUCGGACUCAGAAGAACUCGAUCCAGACCAGAUAAGUGACAGAAUUUUUGAGCUUGUUGAUCUAAAUCAUGAUGGUCAGAUUUCACUGGAGGAGUUCAUGGAAGGAGCUCAGAGAGACUCAUGGGUGAUGGAGCAGCUUCGCCUCGACCUGCGACCCACUCGCUGGUUCAUCAAACACCAGCCUAAAAAUUCAUAA